UCCCUGCUUUCAUUUUAUCAACGCAGGUUUAGAUCUGAUUGGAUCCUGCCCUGAUUGUUUCUAGAGACUUAGCACCGCCCAUAACAACCAACAACGCGGUUACCAUGGAGACCCGUGUGGCCUGGCCUAGAAGCAGUGUACGGGAUGCCGGGGGAGUCCGGGGAUUCGGUGCGCGGUGUCAGCUCCCCGCUGUGGGAUGAGAAGACGGAGAUGGGGAUGUUGCGGUCCCGGCUGGACGAGCAGUCCCAGCUCAUCUGCCUGUUGAAGCGGCGGGCGGAUGACUCGCUGCUCCGGUGUCAGGACCUGGAGAGGGACAACCGGGAGCUGGAGAAACGGAGCGCGGACACCGAGGGACAGCUGACCGCGGAGAGGAGGCGGGGGGAGCAGCUGGAGGAGAGGUUCGGGAUCCUGGCCGCCAAUCACCAGGACAUGAUCCGCUUCAAAGACGAGUACAAGCGGCAGAACGAGAAGCUGCGGGCGGAGUGUGAGCGGCUGCGGGAGGGGACGGACCCGGAGCUGCUGGAGAAGGAGCGGAACGUCCAGGACCUACGAGCCCAGCUACAGGCGGCUGUGACCGAGCUCCGGGAGGCGGAGGAGAGGAAGCGGGACGAGCUCCGGGAGGCGGAGGAGAGGCGGCGGGCGGAGGUGGAGGAGCUCAGGGGGAUCAGCGAGGCCAGCGCCGGGGACAUCAGCGUCCUCACCCAGCGCCUGCAGCUUUCAGAGGACACAUGCCACCACCUACAGGAGGAGCUGUGCCACUUAGAGGAGAUACACAAAACGGAGCAAAAAGAAGCUGAAAGAAAGAUGGCUGAAUUGAAUAAAGAGAAGCAGGACCUCCUACAGCUGUGCAUGGAGCGAGGGCGUACUCUACAAGAGCGCCAGAAAGAAGUCGCUGAGAUUACACUGCGUCUGCAGAGUGCGGAGAAGGCACACCGGGAGGCAGAAGAGCGCUAUCGGAGAGAUGUUACUGCUGUAGAUGCUGAUGCCAGAAUUGUGGAGCUUAAUACAAGACUGGCAGAUGGUGAAAAAGAGCUGGAGCAACUUAAGCGAGAGUUUGAGGCCUUCAAAAAGCACAGCGGAGAACUGCUGGCCAAGGAGAGGGAACUGAACGCCAAACUCCGGCAUCUGAUUGGCUGACAACUAAUAGUGCAAGAAAAAGUGGGUCACCCAUUGAACCAAUCAGACAGCUGUUUUCAUCCUGCCCACAUGUAGAUUAUUAUUUUUUUUUAUUUUGUAUAGUCACAUAUAAGUAUUGACAUUGCCAAAAUCUGUAGUAUAAAGUGUUUUAUAAACAUAUGUUCAUAUUUUACCUAAUUUUUAUAGAUUUAAAACGUUUCUUAAAAGUAAAAAAAAAAAACAUGAAAGUUUUGUUUUCUUGCUUACUAGAUGCUUUAUUUCAGACACUUAUGGGGAGAUUUAUCAAAACCUGUGCGUCUUUCAUUUUUAACAAGGCCUCUGCAAAAUGAAAGAAGCGAUCUGAUUGGUUGCUAUGGGCAGCUAAGCAACUUUUCCUUUGCACAGGUUUUGAUAAAUUUCCCCCUUAGGGUGUAUUCACACGGGCGGAAUUUCCGCAUAAAUUCCACUUCUGCUCCUUGGGUAGUUUUUGACUUGUGCGGAUUUUGUGUGGAAUUGGUGCAGAAUUUGUGUGGGAAUUCCACAUGCGGAAAUUCAAACGUGUGGAAUCCCAUAAAAAUCUAUUGGGCUUUCAUUGGAAGCGGAAAUUCCGCCCGUGUGAAUAGACCCUUAUAAUGCCUUCCAGUUUCCCUGUUCUCUGAAAAUACACAAUCCGCAGAGAAGCCACAUUAGUACUGAGCUUUUCUAUAAAAUAGAUGGAAAUACUGAGAAUAAGAAAAUGUGUCCAAAUGUAACAAAACAGAGGGUCUGACUCUACUCAUACAAAAAAAGCCUCAUUACCAAUGUCCUCUGUUACUAUAUGUUGUCACUCCGUGUGGGUUUAGAUCAUCCACACUAAAAAUAAAUGUAAUAAUCAGCGUUUUCACCUCAAAGACUAUGACCACAUGGGUUAAAAUUGCAUCAGACUUUCUGUAGUUAAAAAUUCACGUUUUUCCUGCACCAAAACAAUUCAAACUGUGUUCAUUUUAGUGCCAUUUCCAAAUAAAAAGAAAAAGGCAGUGUAUCAAAGCUAAUACUG